AUGUCUCUUUUACUCUGCAUCAACAAAACCCUUUAUACCUUGUCGCCGUUCCUGGGGAUUAUCCUAAUAGGACUUGCAUUGGUGACCUUAACCAGAAUUUCGCACCCUGAAGCGAAGGUAGAAAACACAGCUUUCAAUUGGAAAGAUUCGCAGACACAGGCAUCCAUGGCAUCCAUCGAAUCCCUCUUGAAUCCGCUACCUUCUUCACAAGGGCGAGGUUCAAGAAGUCGUUACGAUGAGUCAAUUGCUCCCUUUUCUCUGGUCAACGCACCAGAGACUGACCAAGACAGAGGUGUCUUUGCUCCUCCGCGUGUGAAAAAGUCCAAGAUGCCGAAAGAUGCCCCAGUCUUCAUCAAGGGAGAGGUCAGAGGCGAAGUUCGAUAUCCACCCUGUGAGGAACGAGAUGAAGUGCUGGCGGAGCAGCAUAGAAUGUUCAGCAUUCACCCCAUGGGCCGCAUAUCAGAGUAUCCAAGACAUAUUCCAUACAGCAGCGAGAAAAAGACUCUAAUGGAAAAGACUGCCCGAGAAAGCUUCGAAGUGUUUCAAUACACAUUCAGGUUACCAGGAGAUGAAAAGAACUGGACAGUGAUGUGGGAUUACAAUAUCGGACUUGUUCGGACGACCCAUUUAUUUAAAUGCAAUGACUAUCCAAAGACAACACCUGCGAAAAUGCUGAAUGCCAAUAUCGGCCUCCGAGAGAUUUGCCAUAGCAUCACUGGAGGAGCAUUAGCCGCACAAGGUUACUGGAUGCCAUUCGAAACAGCAAAAGCCGUUGCAGCCACUUUCUGCUGGAAAAUUCGGUAUGCAUUGACACCACUAUUCGGAACCGACUUCCCAUCUCUUUGCAUUCCGCCGCAGAGUCGACAAUUUGGCAAGAUGACCAUUGAUCCUGAUAUUAUUCGACAAGCGACGGAGUUGUCAAACAGAUACCGCCAGCUAGAGCUUGAUCUGAAAAUGGCGAAUCGCUCGCAGAAUCUAUUGUUGUCCCCGACAACAAGUACACCACAAAACAUGGUAUAUCACCAAACAUGGUCUGCGCCAAUAGACUCAAACAAUCUGGAUAUUACCCACCAAAGCUACCCAAAGCCCGGUGGAGUCGUGCAGGCUGACCGGGAGGCAGCGAGGCAAGCCCAACACCAGACUGUCUCUAGUAGCAAGAAUACCUUUACCCCGAUCAACACCCCCGGGGGAGCCACUACCCUGCUGGAGAGAAAAGAAUCUGGACAACCGCGUGGCUCUCAACCUAGAGGUUCAACCAGCAAUCCGAGGAAGCUUCCGCCGCUAAGGGAGUUUAUUGGACUUGCCGAUUUUGAAUCAUCCCUCUGUGAGAAUCCACUCAAACGACGAUUGGCAAACGAUGCCGACGUGGAACAGGCGCAGGACACAAAGCUGAUAUCUCCAAAAGGACAGACGCUCAUUGCUAGCAUACCGAGGAGGCAAGUAGCACUUCGCGCACGUAGUGAGCAACACGAGGACAACGGCAACGAAGACGAUGAUGGUGACGAUGAUCUUGAAUUUGACGAUGACAGUUGCCUUUACAAGAUGAGCAUAGAUGACGAUGAUGAAUCCUUCUCUUCCUCUUUCUGCGAUUUCGACCCUGACUCCGACUCCGACUCUGGUGCCGAGUCUGACCUAGCCAUCAGCUCAUCACUACAGUCCGAUAGCAGUGACGAAGAUCCCAAUCACAAGACUCGAUUUUGCUACAAGAAAUCCCACGAUAAGAAACAUGCCCAGGGAAUUAUGACUAGAAAGCAGAAAAAGGAGGACAAGAAAGUGGAAAUGCCGAUGAGACGUUCCUCUCAAGCGCACCAUCGACGACAAUCUCAAUUCCAUUCUCUUCGUAAUCUUCGUAGAGGAGAAGACAACUUAUCAUCCCCGUCUCCACCGGCAGCAUCCUCAUCCAAACGAAAGUCCAAAAACAGCGGCGAUGACUUAAAAGCCGCAGAGACACUGUUAGCGCUACACAGUGGAUCUAGCACAUUGAGCGGCGAAGAUGACGAUGGCGAUACGGAUACGAGUAGUCCAUGGGCGAACAACAAGAAGAGAAAGGAGAAACGAAAAUUCUAUCGUCAUCAAUUGGUAAAGCGAAGGGCACCCGGUCGAUCUAGUCUGGCUGUCAACUCCAGGUCUGAGCUGUAUGGACGGACGGCAAAGAGGUUUCGUAGGGCAAGCUUUUGA